CAGUGCCCAGAACAUGGAACCCACCUCUCUGUGACAUCAGCCCCGGGGCCGAGGGCUCCACGGGCAGCGCGGCUGCUGCGGGCACUGCGGCUGUGGCUGUGCUGCUGCACGGAGCUCUCAGUGCUUGCAGCUGACACGUGCCUCUGGCAGCCAUGAAUUGGCUCGGCCUCCUCGUCCUGCUGACCCUGGCUGGGCUGGCACAGAGCAUCCAGUACACCUGCGGAGGGAGCUGUGGGCUCCGAGUUCCGCCACCUGUCAACAGCCCCAUGACUUAUUCCUACGGCGACGUGGCUUAUGACUACGGCAUGACACGCAUCGUGGGUGGCGCCAGUGCCGCGGAAGCAGAAUGGCCCUGGAUCGUCAGCAUCCAGCACCCCUGGGUACCAGGCCUGGGACACUGGUGUGGAGGGUCCCUCAUCACUGCAGAUUGGGUCCUCACAGCAGCCCACUGCUUCGACAAGUUUGAUAACAUCAGCCUGCUGUACGUAGUGAUUGGGGCCACGCAGUUGACUCAGCCAGGCCCUGGGGCACAAGUGCGCAGUGUCAAGAAGGUGGUGAUACACAGCGACUACAGGCGUAGCGACUACAGCUACGACAUUGCCCUGAUGCAAUUGGACCGUCCUGUCCUGUGCAGCUCCUACAUCCAGCUGGCCUGUUUGGCUGAGCCCACCCUAAGUGUCUCAGCCCUGCACAACUGCUGGAUUGCUGGCUGGGGUGUCACUAAGGCAAGAAAUCUAGAUUCAGCUGAUCGCCUUCAGCAGGCCAAGGUCCAUCUUAUCAAUGUCCAGCUCUGCAACAGCAGUGACUGGUACGCAGGGGAAGUCCAUCCCUACAACUUGUGUGCUGGAUACCCAGAGGGCAAGAUCGAUUCCUGCAAGGGUGACAGCGGUGGUCCUCUCAUGUGCCAGGACAACAAUGCUGAGUACUGGUGGGUCAUUGGACUAACCAGCUUUGGAACAGGCUGUGCCAGAGCAAGGCAGCCUGGAGUCUACAUCUCCAUUCAGCACUUCUAUGACUGGAUCGAUUACAACAUACGUAUAAACUCAAUUAAAAGUGCUCCUUGAGCAGCAGGAAAGGCAGGAUCCAGGGCAGGCUGCAGUGCACCACAACCAUUUCCUGCUGAUCCAAAGGCAGCCUCAGGGUCAAAACCCUGCUCUGUCCUGACCACACUCCUCUGUGCACACAGACACUGGAGUUGAUUUAGUUGUUGAAAUAAAGUUACCUUGGUUCACAGA